AUGAUUGCGAAUUGCAACAACCCUUCUCAACCGCUCUUGUUUGAAACGUAUGAUCAGUUUUUGAAUACAAGAGUGUUCAAUUCGAGUCGGCCAUCAUCUUCCGGAGAUGUGAUUUCUUCAUCUUCUUCGGGAGGAUCUAGUACAGCAUCCUCUUCAUCUUCCUCAUCAUCGAACAAUAAUUUUGGUGGAGCUAAAAUUUCCAAUGAUCAGAUUGCUUCCACACUCAAAGUACUGAAAACUUGCAAUGUUUAUGAGAAACAUGAGUUGGAUUCGAGUAGUACCCUUCCCGAAACGGAGCGUAAUUUACUCUUGUUAAAAGCUUAUUACACAAAUCCAUCCGAAGAGGAUGUCAAGUUUUUGCAUCGAACACUCCGAGAAUCAUCGAUGGAUUUUGCUGGAAGUCCUGCCCAUGAUACAGCCUUCCAAUCUUCGGCUUACAAGACGAAACAAGAUUUCACAGCUUCCAAGAAGGCGCACGAAAUUUAUUUUCAGGACAGUGCCGAUCUCUCCAUUAGUGCAGACGAUCCACUUGCAUUGAACACAAAAGCUCUUGAUUCCAUUUUAAAGGCUGCUGAUGAAUGUUUAAAGUUGUCUCCGAAUUGUAUUGAAGCAUAUAAUGUGUUGGCCAUGUACAAGGCGAAGAAUUUCGAGGAAGCUCUUGCUUUUUAUCGUGAAGGUCAAUCGAAAUUUUCCGAGUACUAUAGCAAACAAUUUAUCUCAUCCACUGCAAGUGGAAAAAGUCGGCAAUGGACACAGCAUGACUUGAGACAAUACAUGCGUGCUAUUAUUGGAGAAGCAAACACAUUGAGAAAAAUGGGACGGUAUGAAGAAGCUAUUACAAAGCAGAGAAGAUUGAUCCAGAGAUUCAUUCCUCGAUGGUGA